GGGAAAAAAUGCGUUUUGGCUAAUUGUGCUAGCCAACAUUAUUAUCAAACUAUUUCACCCGAAGUCAGUUCCUUUUUGGCCGAAAGACGCAUUGCUAAAAAAAGAUUAGGUCGUGAAAGCGAAGGCGUGAACGACUUAUUUGCUGGGACCAUUGCUACUAUCCAAAAACGAAAUAUCACCACCAAAAGUGCGGACUGGGAAAAUACACUGAUGCUGGUUCACCCUCAGGUUGCUGAGACCACCGCGGCUAUAUCGCCCAUGACAUUUGACCUUAUG